ACAAAUAAUAUUAACGGCUUAGUUCACAAGUUCAGUGGAAUCUGAUUAGCUGCCGAUUGAGUAUAAAAGCUAAGCUUCUCUGCAGCUGCUAGCUCAGUUUUGUUUUUUCCUCCGCAUUGUGAAGAUGAAAGCGUGUUUAUUUUUGGUUGGCUUCUUGGCUACUUUGCUGCCUCUUGAUCUCACAAGUGCAGCUGUUUCGAUCGGUGUCUUCAAAAAUGAAGCUCAUCCGGGCAAGUGUUACAUCGAUGAGCAUACAAUCUUGAGUGUUGGGGAAACGGCCACCGCACCGGGCUGUCAACAAAUCUCCUGUGGCGCGAACAGCAUGGCGCAAUUUGCAACUUGUGGUUUGAAGGGCAUCGGCCCACCUUGCAAGUUGGGGGCCUUGAAAUAUCCAGAUGCUGAUUAUCCCAAGUGCUGCAUUAACGUGAUGCACUGCCCGGAUGGCGAUAGCGAAAUUUAAAAACAAUAAAACGUUUCAUUUUAUAGAUCUUA